ACUCCCGCGAGUCAUGGGUUUCGAAAAGUCGCGUUUUGAAUUAUUUUUCUAAAGAGACAUCGCAAAUCUACGAUAUAGGCUACCUUUCUCAGGCAGAUGUUACAUGUCCCGUUUACCCCCUCCUAUCCUCUUUCCCUGCCUUAAACCAAACCCUCCUCGUUUUUUUCUGCAUACUGUCUUCAAAGGACACUUCUUGUCGUGCUACAGGCUCUGGAUUGUCAUCGCAAAUUGACAGGAUUUUGGACUUGGUUAUUGGGAUUAACGCUAAUUGUUAAACGUGUAAGGCAACAUUUUAUUCAGUUUGUGUGAAAUCAACGAGGAGAACAAUCUGUUCCGCGUCGGCAGAACUUAAGCAGUUCUGAAACAGCAACUUUUGAGCAAAGUCGUAAUUAGGCUACAGUGCGCCGCGGUGAUUCCAGAAUUUAUUGAAAAUGUUGUCAUGCUACGCGUGUCCCUUGGUCUAUUUAUAAGUGAUCCUGAUACAACGAAUUACAUGCAGGCCUCCAGUGCGUAAUUGUUUUUAUUUAAUCGAUUUUGUCUUAAUUUGGGAAGCGAUAAACGGAGAUAGGGCAGGGUGAAAAGGAUGAAUGCAGACACAUUUUCGUGAGCACGUUUCUAAAACAUUUAUUUCGUAAAACUGUCACAGACCUUGGAAUAAAUGCAGUGUCACCCGAGAGGACGUGUGGUCCGAAACUCACCUAAACGUUGAUACGUCCUGGGAGUGAUGCACUGGCUUCCUCUGGUUGCCAUGGUGAUUGCCUCGGCCUUGCCUUUCCCUCCAAGCCCUCUGCCCAGGCUUGUUGCUGCUGCUGCCGCGACGACGGACUCUAGCCAAAGCUUUGACAACCACCUCCUCCCGGAUAGCAGCAACAGCAGUUUCUUGGAGGCUGGGUCGAGCACUCCCGUACAGGUGCCUGUGGACAAUAGUUUCCAUAGUAAUGUUUUGCAAAAGGACUACAAUAUGGCUGCCAGGAAGGAGGGAGAAGCCUCCCAGCACAGAGCAGUUGACCACGUUCAGAGCACCUUGGAGGACGUAAACUCACUGCCCUACAAGAAGCAGAGGGAGCAAACGGCCAAGAGGAGGCUCAAUCAAAAACCUUUGAAAGCUAAAGUUCUGCUGAAGAGCAACGCAAACCUUGGCGAGUCGGAGCUGCAGGCCAGUAGUAAUGACCAAAGCAGCAGGCAACGGGACACUAGGGACUAUAAAACGCACGGUUUGAAAAGCCAAGGGGACCGCGGUGACCGCGAGGACCACACAUCACUGGACUCCAGACCAACGCUCAGUCGGUUUGGCUCACAGGACCAGACGGACAGUUUGGACGCACAGCGCUCCGGCGAGACAGGACUACUAGAAGCGGAGACGGCUCGUCGCAGCACGCCACCGAGCACCGCUCGCACCCCCGAGUCCAGCACCGGUCGACCGCAGCCGACGCCGGACACGGGGAGGGCAGCGACGGAGAAGCGCCAAGCGCAGGAGGUGAGCAGCGCGAGCGACGCGGCGGCGCCGGCGGAGGAGACGCAGGGAGGAGGCGUGUUCACGGGGUCGGGUCCGAGCCUCGCCGACGGGGGCCUGCUGGACACGGACGACCUCCUGUUCCUGGACUCGCACCCGCGCGUGCUCUUCUCCUCGUCGCCGCUGCCGCCCAAGCACCCGCCGCUGCUGCUCAUGCUGGAGAGAGACCUGCUGGCGGGGCACGAGGGCGCCGCCGCCGCGCCGAGAGCCGAGGACGCCGACUGGGCGUACGACGAGGAGGAGGAGGAGGAGGAGGAGGAGGGGGGCACGGCGGCGGGUUCGGCCCGGGACGGGAAGGACGUCUCGGGGAGCGCGUCCAAGCGGCGGAGGACGCGGCGCAGCGCCGCCGUGCAGCACCACAGCCACGAGCUGUCCAUGUGCGCCGAGCGCAGCGACUGGGUGACGGACAAGAAGACGGCCAUCGACCUCUCCUCCAACACGGUCAAGAUCGUGCCCGAGAUCCCCACGCUGAGCGGCUCCAUCAAGCAGUACUUCUACGAGACCAGCUGCCGCAAGGACCACCCGGGGCACGGCGGGCACGGCGGCGCCGCCUCCUCGUCCAACGGCACGGGCGCGGGCGAUCAGGCGGCGGGAGGCUGCGUGGGCGUGGACAAGCGCCAGUGGAACAGCAGCUGCCAGACCAAGCAGUCGUACGUGCGCGCGCUCACCGGCGACGAGAAGCGGCGCCGCUGGAGCUGGAUCCGCAUCAACUCGUCGUGCGUGUGCGUGCUGUCGCGGGCCACCAGGAGCCCGCCAGUGAGGGUGGCGGGGAAAGGAUGA